AUGGAGUGUAUCACCUCAGUCUGUUAUUCUUUAGUAUUGAAUCGGGGUCUUACUAAACCUUUCCAGGGUAGAAGAGAGAUCAAGCUGGGUGACCCUAUGUCCCCCUACUUCUUUGUUAUUGCAAUAGAGUACUUGCAAAGAGAACUCAAUAUAGUAGCCAUAGAUAAACAAUUCAAAUUCCAUCCCAGAUGUAAAAAGCUAGGAGUGAUGCACAUAUGCUUUGCUGAUGACCUGUUAAUAUUAUGUAAAGCUGACGUUUAUUCUAUUAAGCUGCUCCAAGAAGCUUUUCACAGGUUCUCACUUGCCUCUGGUUUACAAGCUAAUACUGACAAAAGUUCUAUUUAUAUGUUUGGGGUAAAUGAUUCUCUUAAAUUGGAAAUUCUAAAUACCUUGGGGUUCUGCGAGGGACAUCUGCCCUUCAAGUAUCUUGGUGUCCCCCUAUCCUCAAAGAAAUUAACUAUUGCUGAAUGCUUGCCUCUUGUGGAGAAAAUUACUGAUAGAAUCAAAUGCUGGUCAGCAAAAUUACUCUCUUAUGCUGGUAGACUGCAAUUGAUUAAGUCUGUGGUGUUCGGCAUUCAAAAUUAUUGGGCACAAAUUUUUCUUCUACCUAAAAGUGAAAAGAAUUGCUCACCAAGAGCAGUGGGUGGAAAAAAUGUAAUGAAUCUGGAAAACUGGAAUAGAACUGCCAUUGUUAAGCAGCUAUGGACAAUCUUUGAAAAGAAGGACUGCCUUUUGGUUAAAUGGGUUCACAUCUAUUAUAUGAAGGGUUGUAUAGACUUGCACUAUUCCAAGUUCAGCUAUUAG